AGACCAGUGACUUGUCAGUGUGCCCAACAUGAAGACAAAGCUUGGCUCCAUGAUUUGGUUAUUUACAUAUUAUUCUUGUUAGUUGCUGGAGGAUAAUAUUGUCAUUUUUGUGAAGAAAGAGCUGAAAAAGAUCCAGAAGUGUCUGAGUCAGAGAGGCGAUGAAGAGGAGUUGGAAUAUGAAGAUAAGGACCAAAGGAGCAACAGAGAAUUACUGAUGAAGAUCACAAAGAACUUCCUGAGGAGAAUGAACCAGGAGGAGCUGAUUAAUCGACUACAGAGCAGAUCUCCUGCUGCACUUUCUCAACAAAAAAUCCAAUCUUGGCUACAAAAAAAGUUCCAGCAUGUGUUUGAGGGAAUCGCAAAAACAGGCAACCAAACCGUGCUGUAUGAGAUCUACACAGAGCUCUACAUAACAGAGGGGAGAACUGGGGGGCUAUAUGAAAAACAUGAGGUCAGACAGAUGGAAACAGCAUCCAGCAAAGCAGAUAGAGCAGAAGCAAGCAUCAAGCAAGAAGAGUUCUUCAAGCUCCUGGCAGGAACACAAGAACCAAUCAGAACCGUGAUCACAAAGGGAGUGGCUGGCAUUGGGAAAACAGUUUUAACACAGAAGGGGACUUGUUCAUCACUUCUUCCCUGAAACCAAAGAGGCAGGAAUCUGCAGCUUUGAAGACUUCCAGGUUGUCUUCAUUUUUGAUGGUCUGGAUGAGUGCCGACUUCCUCUGGACUUCCACAAGACCAAGAUCCUAACUGACCCUAGAAAGUCCACCUCAAUAGGUAAUCUGCUGACAAACCUAAUCAGGGGGAACCUGCUUCCCUCUGCUCACCUCUGGAUAACCACACGACCUGCAGCAGCCAAUCAGAUCCCUGCUGAUUGUGUUGACAUGGUGACAGAAGUCAGAGGAUUCAGUGAACUACAGAAGGAUGAGUACUUCAGGAAGAGAUUUAGAGAUGAACGACAGGCAAACAAGGUCAUCUCCCACAUCAAGAGAUCACAAAGCCUCCACAUCAUGUGUCACAUCCCAGUCUUCUGCUGGAUCACUGCUACAAUUCUGGAGGAUUUGCUGAAAAGCGGAAAAGAAGGAGAGCUACCCAAGAGCCUGACUGAAAUAUACAUCCACUUCUUGGUGCUUCAGGCCAAAGUUAAGAAGGUCAAGUAUGAAGGAGGAGCUGAGACAGAUCCUCACUGGAGUCCAGAGAGCAAGAAGAUGAUUGAAUCUCUGGGAAAACUGGCUUUUGAGCAGUUGCAGAAAGGCAACCUGAUCUUCUAUGAAUCUGACCUGACAGAGUGUGGCAUCAAUAUAAGAGCCUCGGUGUAUUCGGGAGUGUUCACACAGAUUUUUAGAGAGGAGAGAGGCCUGUACCAGGACAAGGUGUUCUGCUUCAUCCAUCUGAGUAUUCAGGAGUUUCUGGCUGCUCUUUAUGUCCACUUGACCUUUAAUACCUCUGAAGUAAACCUCAUAGAGAAACAACAGAAAAAAUACAAGAUCUUUCAACUGAAACAAAGCAGCUCAGUUACGUUCUACCAAAGUGCUAUGAACAAGGCAUUACAGAGUCCAAAUAGACACCAGGACUUGUUUCUUCGCUUCCUCCUGGGUCUCUCACUGAAGACCAAUCAAAGUCUGUUACAAGGACUGCUGACUGAGAAAGGAAGUAUCUCACCAACCAAUUAGAAAACAGUAGAGUAUCAAGAAGCAGAUUAAUAAGAACCUGUCUGUAGAUAAAAGCAUCAACCUGUUCCACUGACUGAAUUCAAUUCAAUUCAAUUCAACUCAAUUUUAUUUAUAUAGCCAAAAAUCACAAAGAAAAUUUGCC